GGUAAUUAAUAAGAAGUAGGAAAACAGCCCACUCUUAUUCAUUUCUUCUCUCUUGUCUGUCCUUCUCCCGUCUUCGUGUCCCUCCUCUGUUUCUUCCCCUUUUCAAUUUCACUCUUUCACACUCACUCAUUCACUGUCUCUCACAGACAAAACAAAAACAAACACAAUAACCAGUCUUUUAUUUCUGUUUUCUCCCUCUAUUAACCACAAAUAUGGGAGAAACCGGUAUCAAUGUUCCUUACCCACGAAACUUAAACCCUACGGCUCAAGAGUUUACCCCUACAACAACAAACCCCAUUCCCCUCUCCGUCGCCGUCGGAGUUCCCUAUCCCUACCCUCACUUCGCCGUCACACCUCCGCCGCAUCUCUCCACCUUACCCACCCGCUCCGUCCUCCUCAGUCCCGUCCCUCCCACUACUGAAUCCGACCUCCGGAAAGAUCUCCAGGCCUUCGGUGAAGUCAGAGCUAUCCAAACGGACUCCUUCCGUUACGGUAUCGUGACGGCACAUUUCUAUGACCUCAGACACGCACAGGCGGCGUUCACCGCCAUUCGUACUCACCAUGUCCACUGCGUUUCGUUUUUUAACCCAAUGUCUCAGCCCCAAUUUCAUCCCGCUCCACCUCCUCCCCCGCCGGGGCUCGUAGCCGGUGUGCCACUCUGGGCUCACUAUGUUUUCUCCGAUAUUCAGAAUCAAGGAACCCUCGUCGUUUUCAACUUAGACGACGACGUUUCACCUGAAAAACUACGACAAGUUUUCGAGCCUUUUGGAGCCAUAAAGGAAGUGAGGGAAAUUCCAGGGAAGAAAAAGAGUCAAAGAUUCGUCGAGUUUUUCGACAUAAGAGAUGCUGGCAAAGCCUUGAAAGAAAUGAAUGGAAAAGAAAUCGAAGGAAAAUCAAUUGCUAUUGAGUUUAGUAAACAAAGUGGUUAUUAUGGAAGAAGAUUCUUCCAUUCAAGUAAUCCAAAUCCUAAUCCUAAUACCUAUAUCUCCAAUAAGCCAUUUCAUUUCAACUUUCCUCCUCCACCUCCCUCGCCCCGACGUCGUUUUGGCCCACCGCAAUUCUCGCACAAGAAUUUCGGGACUGGUUCAAUGAGUUCGAAUAGUUUGAAUGGGGAUGAAAAUCAUUUUUCCCCUAGGAGGAAUUUUGGUAGGGAAUUCAUUGGAGAAAGACCAUGGAAUUGGAAGGGGAAGCAACCUUAUAAGAAUGAGACUCGUUAUAUUAUCAAAGAAGAUGCCAUUGUUGAAUCCGAUUCUAGAACUACUCUCAUGAUCAAAAACAUACCCAACAAGUACAGUCAGAAGCUACUCUUGAACAUGUUGGACAACCACUGUUUACGCUGCAACGAGCAGAUAGGCGACGGCGAUGACAAGCCUCUAUCUUCCUAUGACUUCGUAUACCUUCCUAUAGAUUUCAAGAACAAGUGCAACGUUGGAUACGGGUUCGUGAAUAUGACAUCUCCGGAAGCUACUCUAAGGUUCUACAAGGCCUUCCAGCAACAACGUUGGGAGGUUUUUAACUCCAGAAAAAUCUGUCAUCUUACCUACGCUAGAGUUCAGGGUUUGGAAGCUUUGAAAGAGCAUUUUAAGAACUCAAAGUUCCCGUGUGAGAUGGAGCAUUAUCUGCCGGUCGUAUUUUCACCGCCUCGAGAUGGGAAGCAAUUAACGGAGCCAUUUCCAGUAGUGGGGAGCAUGGUACGAAUGGGUGCUGUAGAUGAUAAGAUGGAGGGUCGAGAUCAUAGGGUGGUAGCAGGUAGUAGUGGUGGCGGUGAUGAUGAUGAUGAUGAUAAAUUAGAUGUGAAGUGAAAUGUGCAUUUAUUUACACCUAGCACAUCAAGAAUUAAAGGUUGUUGAGCAACGAGCCACAUAUGUGUUCUCUCUGCUCAUAAGCCCCCACCGUCUUACAACGUUGAACCUCUUGCUGCUCGCUGCUCACUGCUCAUUUCCCCCUCUAUCUCUCAUUUUCUUGCCUUUUAGUUAUGUUUUAGUCAGUUUUUUAUGUCCUUUUAAAUUAAGUCUCUCGUCUAGUCUUUUAGGUUCUGGCACUUCAGAUGUACUAGUGUUUUCUUUGCCUACAAAUUUAAAUUUCAAGACUUAGAAUCUAUGAUGUUUGUUUAUUAUUUAUUGCUUAGAUUAGAGUACCUUGAAUAAGUGGAUACCAUAUGUGCUGCUCUUUAGGCAGUUAUAAUAAUUUUAUUAUAUAUGGCUUUGGAACGGUGGUUGUUGGAAUAAAUGAGAUAAUAACAAUGUGUUUAAUGUAUG